AAUGAAGUUGAGGGACAAAAAAGUGAAACUUAAUGAAGUUGAGGGACCAAAAUUAGCAUUUAACCAAUUUUUUUCAAGUGGCGGGUGUGAAAUGUGACGGAUCAUUAACGGAAUAAUAGGAGAUUUAACGGAAGGAAAAUGUACCAGAACUUUCUCUGCUCAAUCUGUAAACCGUUUGCAUACAUUAGAUCACUGAAAUCCAUUCAUACAUGUUGCGAAAUUGUCACCAAAUCCGUCUCUUUCUCCAGAAAUUCAGAGGAAUUUCUGGCAACCCGGCUAGCGGCAUUCUUGGAAUCUUGUUCUGCUCCUGUCAGUGUCACUCUUGAACAAAAUAGACAGGUUCAUGCCCAGUUCAUUGUCAAUGGAGUUAGCAGGGAUUCUCCUCUGGGUGGAAAAAUUUUGGGUAUCUAUAUUCUUUGUGGUUGCUUCAUAGACGCCAAGGAUAUGUUUUUUCAGCUUGAUUUAUGCCGUACCAUGCCCUGGAACUCGAUGAUUCGAGGAUUUGUAAAGAUGGGUUGGUUUGAGUUUGCAUUGUUGUUUUACUUUAAGAUGUUGGGGUGUGGAGUUUUUCCGGAUAGGUAUACUUUUCCUAGUGUAAUCAAGGCUUGCGGUGGAUUGAAUAAUGUUAGACUGGGUACAUUGGUUCACGAUAUGAUUUGUUUUAUGGGUUUUGAGGUGGACGUGUUUGUGGGAAGUUCUUUGAUCAAGUUUUAUGUGGAGAACGGUUGUAUAUAUGAUGCACACAAGUUGUUUGAUAAAAUUACUGAGAAAGAUUGUGUCUUGUGGAAUGUGAUGCUUAAUGGUUAUGUCAAAUGUGGGGAAUGUGGUAAAGCUAUAGUGCUCUUUGAGGAUAUGCUUGACAGUCAAACUAAGCCAAAUUCAGUGACAUUUGUUUGUAUUUUGUCCUUAUGUGCCUCAGAAGGAAUGAUUGAUUUAGGUACUCAGCUUCAUGGUCUUGUUGUGCAUUGUGGGUUUGAAUUUGAUUCUUCAGUGGGUAACACUCUGUUGUCGAUGUAUUCUAAAUGUGGGCAGUUGUCUGAUGCUCGUAAACUGUUUAAUUUAAUGCCUCAGAACAAUGUGGUGACUUGGAAUGGGAUGAUUGCUGGGCAUGUACAAAGUGGGUUUAUGAAGGAGGCUUCCCAACUUUUCCAAGAAAUGUUAUAUUCUGUUGUGAAACCUGACUCUAUCACAUUCUCAAGCUUUCUUCCGUCAGUUGUUAAGCUGGCAAGUCCCAAAAUAGGUAAAGAAAUUCAUGGUUAUAUAGUACGAAAUGGUGUGCUUUUGGAUAUGUUCUUAAGGAGCGCCCUUAUUGAUGUUUACUUCAAGUGUGGGAAUGUGGAGAUGGCACACAAGAUAUAUGACCAAAGCACCAUGAUUGAUGUUGUUGUGUGCACAGCUAUGAUUUCAGGAUGCGUACUUAAUGGGAUGAACAGGGAUGGUUUAGAGAUAUUUAGGCAGCUGCUUCAAGAAAAAAUCAGUCCAAAUUAUGUAACCCUGGCAAGUACCUUACCAGCUUGUGCUGGUUUAACAGCUCUGAAAUUAGGGAAGGAAUUGCAUGGUUACAUCAUCAAGAAUGGGCUUGAUCAGAUGUGUCUGGUGGCAAGUGCUAUCAUGGAUAUGUAUGCAAAAUGUGGAAGAUUGGAUCUCGCUUAUCAAAUUUUUAUGAGAUUAUCUGACAAGGAUUCAAUCUGUUGGAACUCUAUGAUCACAAGCUGUUCCCAGAAUGGCAAACCAGAGGAGGCCAUUGAUCUUUUUUGUCAGAUGGGAAACAGAGGAUUCAAGUAUGAUGGUGUGAGCAUAUCAGCUGCUCUUUCUGCUUGUGCAAACUUAACUGCACUGCAUUAUGGGAAAGAGAUCCACGGUUUCAUGAUCAAAGGCUCAGUUCCCUCUGAUUUGUUUGCAGAGAGUGCAUUGAUAGAUAUGUAUGCGAAAUGUGGAAAUCUGGAUUUUGCUCAACGUGUAUUUGACAUGAUGCAAGAGAAGAAUGAUGUUUCAUGGAAUAGCAUCAUUGCUGCUUAUGGAAACCAUGGCCGUCUUAAGGAUUCUCUUGGUCUGUUCAACAAAAUGUUGGACACUGGAAUUCAGCCCGAUCAUGUCACCUUUCUUGCUAUUCUAUCUGCUUGUGGGCAUGCUGGCAAAGUUGACAAUGGAAUUCAAUACUUCUGGUGCAUGACUAAGGAAUAUGGGAUCCCAGCUAGGAUGGAACAUUAUGCAUGCAUGGUUGAUUUAUUUGGUCGUGCUGGUCAUUUGAAUAAAGCGUUUGAAAUCAUAAAGAGUAUGCCCUUCUCACCUGAUGCUGGUGUGUGGGGUACAUUACUUGGAGCAUGUCGAAAUCAUGGCAACAUUGAGCUUGCUGAAGUGGCUUCAAGGCAUCUUUUUGACUUGGACCCACAAAAUUCUGGUUAUUAUAUCCUACUUUCAAAUAUACAUGCUAACGCAGGACGGUGGGGUGGUGUGCGGGAGAUUCGAAGUUUUAUGAAAGAAAGAGGAGUUCAGAAAGUCCCUGGCUACAGUUGGAUCGAGGUUAACAACAACACUCAUGUGUUUUGUGCUGCUGAUGAAAGUCAUCCACAGUCUGCUCAGAUCUAUCCAUUAUUAAAGACUCUUCUUUUAGAGAUGAAACAAGAAGGCUAUGUUCCUCAACUUUAUCUUCAAAUGCACCCACAAACCUUUGUGGUUUGAUUUCCUUUCGACCCUUUCCUGUCAUUGAAGGAGCAACAUGAUCAUGGAUCAAUUAAAUUCUGGCUUGUGGACUCUGGAAAUAAAUUUAUUUGCAAUUAUAAUUUGUGGAAAAGGACUCAACCAAUCCAACCUUCAAGUUCACAUAGUUCCUAUACAACAGUUGUGCUUAUGGCUGACAGGACUACCGGUGCUGUGAUGAAAUGCAUCAGAAUGCUGAUCAUGAGGGACUAUUGUAUUGCUCUGUGGACCUGAAAGUUUGCUAGUGGUGUAUAUUCAACCACAUGAAUGUGGAAUAUUGUAGGAAGGUUGCAUGAUAGUUAUCUUAAGACAAGAAGAAUGAGCAAGCUCAGGUCUCCUGAUUGCAUGUGGCUUAUGGGUCACCAGAAACAACAUCCUUGAUGAAGAAAUAAAGGUAGUCUCAAAUG